AUGGCACCCCCGCGCCAACGCACCGCAGCAAUACAAGAUGACUCAAGAUCCGAAGCAUCCAGCGGCACAAGAGAAUAUCCCAAGCCCAAAUCCCGAAGACCAGCAAAAGACAAAUCCAUCACCAGCGCCCCAGCCGAAGACGAGCCAAGACUCCCCUGGACCGACCUCCCCCUCGAAAUCCUCCACUCAUACCGCCACCUCCACAAGCUCCCCACCCCCUCCGCCUACGCAAGCGACUACUCGCGCAUCGUCCUCUCCCAAGGCGUCGGCCUCCGCUCCCCAACUUCCCUAGCCGCCCGUCGCGCCCAAUCUUCAAGAUCAGACUCCCAUUCCCUCCGCGGCCAAGACCGCGUCAGCAAGGACCAAUUCGCCCUCGUCGUCCGAAGACACUUCAAUAGCGCCGGGCUCUCGGAACAGGAAACUAUCGCUCGCUUCUUGUAUACUGUUCGUGAGGAACGGCGCGGGAGACAAUUCAGAUUGCGCUUCCAGCCUUGA